UUUAGGUUUAAAACAUAAAGAGAUUAUAAUCGUGUUACAGAAUCCUGGUGAACAGCUGGCUCGAGUCUCUACUUGUCUCUAUAAUAACCUGUAGAAGAUUUUUAAUAAGAACAUUUAUAGUCUUAUUCAUUCUACACUCAGGACAGAAUCCGAAGGCUUUUUUGUAAACAAAGAUGGCGCUUUGGUAUCAGCUACAACAGCUGGACUCAAGAUACCUGGAGCAGAUCGGUCAGAUUUACAACGAUGCGUUUCCCAUGGAGAUUCGUCAGUACCUCAGCCAGUGGAUUGAAACCAUUGACUGGGAUGGUGUAGCCCUUGAUGAGUCCCUAGCGAGGCUACGUUUCCAUGACCUUCUCAGUAAGCUGGAUGAGCUUUACGGCCGCCUGAAUCCGAGCAACAACUUCCUCCUUCAGCACAACCUCCGCAAAAUACAACGUAACCUACAGGAACACUUUCAGGAAAAUCCAAUGUACAUGGCUAUGAUUAUAUCCAACGCCCUGAAAGAAGAAAGAAGUAUUCUGGAGAUGGCCAUCAGAACACAGGAUAAUACAGACUCACCUCAGGGCAACAUUGUGAUGGAGAAGCAGAAACAACUGGACAACCAGGUGAACGAGCUGAAGAAAAAAGUGCAGAAAUCAGAACAGGACAUUCAGACUCUGGAGGACCUACAAGAUGAGCACGACUUCAAGAUGAAAACUUUACAGAGUAGAAUGGAGGUUGAAGUAAAUGCAUCUAUAGCAAAAGAGAUUCAGAUGGAGCAGUUGAAGAUCAGAGAUAUAUACCUUAAUCUGAACAGAAUGAGAGAGGUAGUUGUAAAGGACUUAUUAAAUACACUACAAUUAGCAGAUCUGACCCAGAGCACACUCAUAUCAGAAACGCUUCCAGAGUGGAAGCAGAGGCAACAGAUAGCUUGCAUUGGUGGCCCUCCAAAUGCUUGCUUGGAUCAGUUACAGAACUGGUUCACAGCAGUGGCAGAAUGUUUGCAGCAGAUCCGUCAUCAGCUAAACACGCUGCAGGAACUGGUGCUGAACUUCACUUACAAAAACGACCCCAUCGCUUUGAACAUGAGCUCAUUGCAGGAGCAGAUGCAGUCGCUCUUCAAAAAUCUCCUCAUCAAUUCCAUUGUGGUGGAAAGGCAGCCGUGCAUGCCCACGCAUCCGCAGAGACCACUGGUGCUAAAGACUGGUGUGCAGUUUACAGUUAAAAUCAGGCUGCUGGUCAAACUACCGGAGUUGAACUGCCAGCUAAAAGUUAAAGCCUCUUUCGAUAAGGAUAUAACAGAAAAGAAUACAGCCAAGGGAUUCCGUAGGUUCAAUAUUUUAGGAACCAAUAGUAAAGUCAUGAAUAUGGAGGAAUCCAGUGGCUGCCUGUCUGCAGAGUUCCGGCACUUGCAACUGAAAGAACAGAAAACAGCUGGAAGUAAAACAAAUGAGUCUCCUCUUGUCAUCACUGAGGAACUUCAUUCCAUCAGCUUUGACACUCAACUCAAGCAAGCAGAUGUUUCCAUCGAUAUAACGACCACCUCACUUCCUGUAGUGGUAAUAUCUCAUAUCAGCCAGAUGCCGAGCGCCUGGGCCUCCAUCCUCUGGUUUAACAUGCUCUGUACUGACUAUCAGAACCUUGGGUUUUUCCUGAACCCUCUUUUAAUGAUGUGGGGAGACCUGGCAAAGGUUCUGAGCUGGCAGUUUUCCUCGAUCACUAAGAGAGGUCUUAACACGGAGCAACUGAGCAUGCUCGCAGAUAAAAUACUCGGUCCUGAGGCUCAAGAAGACCCGAAAUCUCCGGUCUCCUGGAGCAAGUUCAUUAAGACGUCAUCCAAUGAGAGAGGAGUUGCUUUCUGGCUGUGGCUUGAUGGAAUCCUGGACCUCAUUAAACGAUGCUUACUGAAUAUCUGGAAUGAUGGGUAUAUCAUGGGCUUUGUUAGUAAAGAGAAGGAGAAAAUUCUGCUUCAAGACAAACGUCCAGGCACUUUCCUCCUGCGCUUCAGUGAGACAUGUAAAGACGGAGGCAUCACCAUCACGUGGGUGGAGCAGUCCCUGAACGGUCAACCUCAGACACACUCUGUGAAGCCCUACAGGAAGUCGGAUUUAGUCAACCUCACUUUCCCUGACGUCAUCCGGAACUACAUGUUAAUGGACACGGAGAACAUUCCAGAAAAUCCUCUGCUCUACCUGUAUCCGGACAUCCCAAAAGACGUCGCGUUCGGCCACUACUACAGCAGCACAUCAGACGCUUCAGAAGACAUGGACGUGGAUAAACCGUUUGCCCCGGAUCCUUACUUGCAGAGACGGAUCAUUUCAGUGUCAGACCCAGAAGGAAGACUUCAGAACAGAAACCUACCUUUGAGUCCAGAGGAUUUCUGUGUGCUGCAGAGCAUUAACAAAAACAACGGCAUGGAUGAAUUGUGUGAAAGUUUGCCGCAGUAAAUCUGCAGCAGCGAACGCUCCCAUCUUCGUCCUCCAUCUUUCCUGAAAGAGAAAUUUAACAUGUGUGUGUGUGUGUGUGUGUGUUUUAUGGUGAAUUUCUUGAAUUGCACAUUUUGUAAAAAAUCAUUAUGUACCAGAACUGGGUGAAGAGACAGACAGAAUUUUCCUCACAGCUUUAUUUAAUAUUGUACAUCUUAAAGUAAUAAUACAGACUUGUAAUUUGAAACAGUUUCACGUGUUCACACAGCUCAUAUUCUGAACCCGGUCACAUGUUCACAAAUAAAAAUAUACUAUACAUAUA